AGUGUUCCAGAAGGAAGUGUAUCUUCAUACAUCACCACACCUGAACAGCAUGAAAGCAGACAUCAGCAAUGUACAGAUAAAUGGACAUGGUUGUGUUCCAAUAAAAUUCCAUCUACGAAAACAGGCAGUAGCCAGUUUGCCAGCCUAUAGUAGAAACUGUUUACAUGCUUUAUGGAGUUUGUUCCACCCACCCCUGCUACCCUGACUGCACUUUUCCAAAGAACCUGAUCCAACCGCAAGGAUGGCAGCUGAGUCAUUGCCUUUCUCCUUCGGGACCCUGUCCAGCUGGGAGCUGGAAGCCUGGUAUGAGGACCUGCAGGAGGUGCUGUCCUCAGAUGAAAAUGGGGGUACCUAUGUCUCACCCCCUGGAAACGAAGAGGAAGAAUCAAAAACCUUCACCACUCUUGACCCUGCCUCUCUGGCAUGGCUGACUGAGGAGCCAAGGCCAGCAGAGGGCACAAACACCUCCCAGAAUCCUUGCUCUCCAGAUUCCAGUCAGAGCUCCCUGGCUCAGGAGGAAGAAGAGGAGGACCAAGGAAGACCCAGGAAACGGAAACGGAGUGGCCAGUCCCCAGCCGGGGCUGGAAAGCAACGCAUGAAGGAGAAAGAACAAGAAAAUGAAAGGAAAGUGAUGCAGCUAGCUGAAGAGAAUGAACGACUCAAGCAGGAAAUUGAGCGCCUGACCAGGGAAGUGGAGGCGACUCGCCGAGCUCUGAUUGACCGAAUGGUCAGUCUGCACCAAACAUGAACAAUUGGGACCAUCACUUCCCCCUCAGGCCACUACUUACUUUUCCAGAAGUGGCUACUGACCACCUUUCACCAGUGCCAAUAAUGUGACCCUCAACCCCAACUAUUCAGUCAGGGGCACUUGGGGUAGACAGUCAGAAAGGGUCUCAGCUUGUACAUAGUGAUUGUAUGUUUAUUUAUUACAGCCCAUAUCCAUUAAAGUGACUUUCUAUGAGCUAA